CAUUAUUCAAAGUUAACAUUUCACUGCUCGUAGACCUGCAGGCUGUCAGCUCACCUCUCUCUAGGCUUACCAUUUUAUGUUCCUGGGAUCUUCCUACAAGAUGAGCACCUCCAAAUCCAAGGCCCACUUCUCAACCCAGACCCUACCAAAGGCAGCCAUCACCAUCAAUUUCUUCUUCUCUGAGUCAUUCCUGAACAAGCACUUCCAGGAGGUGGAGUUGAGCCAAGGAGAGCCUCAGCCUGGAGACCUCUACCUGUUCAAGUUGUUGAGUUCUAGUCUACAGUGCUGUGGGACCCACGUGGGUGUUUACUGUGGCAAAGGAGAGAUCAUACACUUUGAGGGAGUAACCACCAAGAAUGGUGUAGGUGGCACACUACAAUCGCUUCUGGAGUACAACGAAGGUAAAGUGUUCAAAGAGGGCCUCCGUCAAAUGCAGAGAGAAAGAAAGCUCUCUCGUGUGCUUCGCAGACGCGGUGGCAUUAACCAUAAGGACCUGGAGCUCCGUGUGCGAAAAGCUAUGGACAACGAUCCUCCUGAGUACAAUGCUAUCAGCAGCAACUGCGCGCACUUUGCCCUGAACCUGCUGGGCAUGGAUUCAACCCUUCUAGGGGAAUGCUGCAUCUUUAAGUUCUGCUCCAAGGAGUCCAUGAGCAAGCCCUUCCAGGAGGUGAAGUUAGACCAAGGCAACACUCUCCCUGGUGAUGUCCUCCUGUUCAAGAAGCCAUCUUCUAUGGCACAGUCCUCCAAAGUCCACAUGGGUGUUGACUGCGGCAACGGAGAGAUCAUACACUUUGAUGGCAAGACCUCCAGCAGGGGCAGAGGACAAAGGCUUUGGGAUAACUGUGAAGGUGUGGUGUGCAAAGAGAACCUCGAUGCCUUGAGGAGCUCUGGACGUCUUGUGCACGUACUUCGCCAACGCAGUGGCAUUAAAACGGAAGAACUGGAGAGCAGGGUGCAAACAGCUAUGACCAGCAUUCCUCCUCCCUACAAUGAUAUCAGCAGCAACUCUGUGCACUUUGCCUUGAAGCUGCUGGGCACGAACACAAAUUAAAUGGACUGGACUCAACCAUGGAUUCAUGUGACCUUGGGCCCUACUGAGUGGGCCAGAAGAGGCUUCAUAAAGAAUCAUUAAAAUAUCUUCUAAAAUCUA